AAGAAAUGGGUUGAAAAAUAGGCAGGUUUGGACUUACUGCCUGCAGCCAUACUGGGUCCGGGACCAUCCCGAAAUAAGGAGCUGCCUCUCAGCCUGUGCCAGUGCCUUCCUGUCUCUGUUCUUUUUUCUUCAAUAAAUUCAGAUGUACAACUGCAGCUUAAUAAAGUCAGUUACGAGAGAGGACUCGGUUUUGUGAAGGAAACCUCCCCGAUUCCCACCCCAGUGACAGCCAGUCUCUGCCCGCCGAGCCUACCUGCACGGCUUGGGGAAAGGGGCGCUCCGGGGGAGGACCAAGCGGAGACAAAGAUGCCAUAGGUCGGGGCAGGGGUGGGAGUUCUGAGGCUAGGGCCCCGCUGUUUCCAUGCAACGCCCCAGGGGAAGCGUCACGAGCUGCCGGAGGGCCCCUUUCCCCCUCCCCUGGGGCGCUCGCGUCUUUCCCUCAGUUCAAACGAACCCGGGAGUCCGGAACGAAAAGGGAGGCAGGGAGAAAGAAGCCGAGCCCCUGCCCCUUCCCGACCCUCCCCUCUCUUCGCCUCCAAACCGCCUAGAAACCCGUCCUCCCAUGAUCCCCAGCGACCGCGCGCUUCUCUGGGCCCUGUGGCUGUUCCUGGGGGCCCGGGCGGUAAAAGCCAGGGUCCUGGUCCAGAGCCAGCCCGGAGCGGAUUGGGCUGGGGGCGGCGAAGGGGACACCGUCACUGCGGGGAUCCUGACCAAGGGCUGGCCCAGCAUCGUGAAAAGGGAUGAACCUGCUUCGGUGGGGAGGACGCGAAAUCGGGGGGAAGAAGACAAGCCGGCAGCUCCUGCCGCCGCCAAGCUCCCGGCAGCCUCGACGUCCUCGGUACUUGGGAACCGGGAAGGGCGGGGCCUGAAGAAGGCCGGGGAGUUAGGCGGGGUAGAACAGCAGGAGGACCCAGAAAAUGACGAGGACCCAGCCCAGGAGACUGAGGACCGGAACCAAGAAGUCCAGAUGGAGAAGCAGGAGGAGCAUUACGAAGACCCAGGGCAGUAUCAGGGUCAAGCGCAGGAAACGGAGCAGGACCAGGAACAGAGCGAGAUCCACGACUUAGAGGAGCAAGAGCAACGAAAUGAGAGAGAGGGAGAGGAAGGAGGGCAGGGAGAGGCGCAAGAGCAGUUGCCCCAGGGGCUCCAGGAGCAAAAGCAGGUGGAAGAGGGCCAAAGGCGAGAGAAAGCCGGAGGAUUGGAGCAGAGUCAGAGCCCGGACCAAGAGCUGAAGCAGAUUCAGGUUCACGCGGAGGAGCAGCAGCAGUUGAAAGAGCUGGAGCAGCAGCAGGAGCAAGAGCUAGAGCAGCAGCAGCAGCAGGAACUGGAGCAGCAGCAGCAGAAUCUAGAGCUGCUGCUGCAGCAGCAGGAACUGGAGCACCACCAGGAGCUGGAGCAGCAGCAGCAGCAGCAGCAGGAGCCGGAACAGCAGCAGGAGCGGGAGCAGCAGCCGGAGCUGGAACAGCAGCAGCAGCAGGUGAAACACGAGUUGGAAGAGCAGCAACUGGAACAGCAGCAGCAGCAGCUGAAACAGGAGAUGGAAGAGCAGCAGCUGGAACAGCAGCAGCAGGAGGAGGAGCUGGAGCAGCAGCAGCAGCAGGAACUGGAGCAGCAGCAGGAACUGGAGCAGCAGCAGCAAUUGGAACAGCAGCAGCUGGAGCAGCAGCAGCAGGAGCUGAAACAGGAGCUGGAACAGCAGCAGCUGGAACAGCAGCAGCUGGAACAACAGCUGAUGGAACAGCAGCAGCAGCAGCAACAGCUGGAGCUGGAGCAGCAGCAGCAACAGCUGGAGUUGGAGCAGCAGCAGCAACAAGAGGAGCAGCAGCAGCAACAGGAGCUGGAGCAGCAGCAGCAACAGGAGCUGGAGCAGCAGCAGCAGCAGCAACAAGAGCUGGAGCAGCAGCAGCAGCAGCAGCAACAGGAGCUGGAGCAACAGGAGCUGGAGCAGCAGCAGCAGCAACAGGAGCUGGAGCAGCAGCAGCAGCAACAGGAGCUGGAGCAGCAGCAGCAGCAGCAGCAACAGGAGCCUGAGAAGCUGGAGCAGCCACAAAUUCAAGAGCAGCCGCGGGAGGACCAGCAACAGCAACAGAUUCAGAAACUGGCACAGGCACAGGCAAAGAAACAGCAGGCCUCUAAGCAGGCAAAGAUGGGUCUGGGCCCUGGGUCCAAGAGUAAGAGCUCAGGAUUCUUCCCCAGCCUGGGUCUCAGGGCACCUAAGCCGUCAUCAAGGGAACAGGAGUUUUCCAACAGAAUUCCAGCUCCUCUACAAGGGAAGCACCUGGUGAUGCUGGCUUGGGGACCAUGGCAAUGUCAUUGCCCCACGGGUAUCAUGAGCCGAGUUCGGGGAGGAAAGAUUUUAGAUUUCACUGGGCGUCUUAGAUCUGGGGCCAUGAGCCGCCUGGAGACUCAGCGCCAGCCCUGCACUUAUGCCCUCUGCCACUGUAACCAGGAGAAGAAAGAAUGUCCCUUAGAUCACGCCCUUUGCUCUUCCAGCGCCCCUGGUGCCUGCCAGUACCGUGCUGUUUUGGCUCCACUGGGGAGUCCGGAAGACACCAUCAAUGAAACAACAUUUUGGAAACAAGUCCGGGAAGGGCUGGAAGAAGUCUGGGUAGGCCUCCAAUCCCUGAUGACUAAGGAAAAAAGGACAAAGAGAAACCAGAGGUGAUGGCCACUCCAUGUCCAGCCCCAGAGGAGGAGGAAAGGGUGUCAGCACCCUAGUCUCUUUCCCCUUCCACUCCCACUGCUAACUUUCCAGAUCCUAUAUAGAUAUCUUUUGUAAAGUAGUAAUGGCUGUUUAUAAUAUAAAAACAAAACAAAACUGAACAGAACCUUUUGGUCUUUUAUCUUAUUGAAGGGGUGGUUGGGCCUACAAGGGGCUGGAGACAUCCCUCUUGCCAAGAAAAGAAUCGGGAGUUUCUGUAUAGGUUUCUCCCUUGGCUCCCCACUCCCAAGUUAUAGCCUGAAAAAUUAUUUACUUUCUUCCUUAUGUCAGGGUUAGUCUGAAUCUAGGUCAAUCUAAAGUAAAAAGGAAAAGCAGAGAACAGGAAAGUCAAGGCCCUUCAGAAAUCAUCCCCUCCUUUCCCUGCCUUCAUUCUGUCUAGCCCUUUCUUAAGGCAGGGGAAGUGCCUCAUUUGGCUAGAUCCACCUUUGUUCCUUACCUGAACCCACAAGGUAAGCCAAGAACCUCCUAAAUUCCAUCCACCCAGAUACAGCA